AUGGCAGACCGCGGCGGCGCACCACCGCUCAACAACCAAGUCCGCUCUCAGGACACCCAAGCGACUCAACAGCCGCAAGUCACCAGCAACCACCACGCUGGAUACAGCCGGGAAAUGGACAUUGAUUCCGUUUCUAAUCAAGAUGGCGUCAACUCCGCCAACAGCGGAGUGACCCAUCACUCGCAAGUCGAGAAUCAAAGCGUCGCGACCUCUGCAAACAGCGGAGCGCACGCUCAAUCACAGGUUGAGGAUCAAAGCGAGGUCCAACACCUCCACACUCACCCACUCGUACAUCGCCCGCGCGGGCAGUACAUUCAGGACACUGUCCAGCCGCGAGCCCAGCCGCGAACUGCACCAGGCAAUAGCCGCAAGAGGGCCUACGAGCCAGACUACAGCUUUGCUGACAUUUAUCGCAGCGCUGAUCAAAUCGAACAGCGCAUGGGAGUUCGUCGCCUGCCUUUUGUGGGAGGGUUCCUGCAACAGGAACCCCAUGAUAGGGUCCAUGUCCAGUACAACAAUCCACACUACAAGGAUCAGCUUGAGCUUUUGGGCGGCAAUCAGUCCUCCAUCAACUGGUUUGCCCCGGACCGACAGUCCAAGGUCAACUACGGGCAUCAGUUCGUGGCAAAAGUUGCCACAGAUGAUGAGAGCCUUACGGCCCUCGUCAAAACCAUUCAGCAGGAAGCUCGCAAGCAGGGUUCUCACAUUGUCAAUCUGUGGAUGCAGUGUCAAGACUCGAACGAGCAGCGUAAGCUGUCAAAGACUGUGGUUGGUCAGACCUACAACCACCUGGCUCCCUCGUACAACGCGACGAUUCAGACAUGCACCGCAUGCGGCAAGGCUGGUCACAGAGUCAGGGAUUGUCCCAAGCCGGACACUGUGCAUUUCAGCAUCAGAAUGUGCCCGGUCUGCGAUACGCAAGAGCACCCCUUUGAUGCGUGUCUCGAGGUUCGAAAGAGGCUCCCUCUUAUCAACACGGACACUCAAGGUCCAGAGCAGCCUCCCAAUGUCGUCGAGGCGUACAAGUGGUUCGGCGAGAUGCUGAUGACGAGGCGUGUCAAUAAGCCGCCGGUGCGCACUACUCAAGUUAGCUGGACAGCCGUUGCUCUGUAUUUGCACCACUAUGCCCCGGAUUUCAUGUUCCAGGGCGCACCCUGGAGCCUGCCAUUCACGUGCAAAAUGUCCAAAGCUCGCCGUCGCGAUGACAUUCUCGAUGGCCGCACCCACUGGCAGGAUUGGGACCCCAGCAAAGGCCACAGGGACGAGGACCUGACUACGGACCCUUUGUGCCGGUCCCUGGCGGUUAUCGUCGAGAGCCUCCGGAUACGCGAGCUGACUUCCGAGCGGUUCGUGACCUCAGCGACGCGCGUUGCCUUGCACAAUAGCGUCCACACUGAAUUCACUCAGCACCUUCAAGUGGACCCGCGGUCCGAAGGCCGUUUUCACAUUGAGCUCACUGAAGCCCCUGCUUCAAUUGCCCAUGCAGUCGGCAGUGCUGCCCCGAGACCUGCGCCCAACCCUGCGCCCAACCCUGCUGAUGCUGCAGUCGAGGAGCCUCCCCGCGAUCGGUCAAUGCCCGUCAUCAUCAAGACUGAGCCAGACACAGAGGGCUCUGGCAUCACGGUUCCGAAAGAACUCGUCAAGCUUCCGACCGAGCAUGUCACCGUCACGGAACGGUGCUUGAAAAUCCUUGACGAGGACGAAGACGCUGACCCGGCUCAGUUGCUUUUUGAGUUGAUGCCACCCACAAAGCCGCAUAACAGGGUUAUUCAGCCCGCACAGAUGCGUCCACUGGCGUUGCGAGUAGCUGCUCUUCGGGUUGCGAAAAACAACUCGCUCAGACAGUAUGGCGAGAGCUCUACAGCCAAUGCUCAGGAUCCUGACACUCAGAUGACUGAAGGCGAUCCUCCAGCCGGUGUCAGCCAGUCCGGCCAAGCGUCGGAGCAUGCCGGCAAUGCAACCGAGGAUGCUCCUGAGGAGGAAGAAGAGGAAACCAUCGAACGUUCAGACGAUGAGGACAAUUUAUUCUUUCCCAGUCAAAAGCCCAUUCGAAAAGACUCAUCUAGUGAGUCGUCUCAUUCCUCGGAUGAAGGCGAAAACCCCAUUUAG